AUGUCCUCAGAAGCAAUAUUUGUCUUGCCGGGCGAUCGCAUUGAUGCCUCGCUGAUCCCCACGCACGAAAAGAAGCCUCUCCGACUGGGCCCCGGCCUGCGCCAUGUCCCUCCCAGCGAUCUUGUACCGACGCUGGCUGGUCAGCUGGUGACAGACAGACAGAAGAAUGCCAUCCGUGUAGAGACGGCAAAUGGCAGGUACAUACCGCGAGUAGGCGAGCUCGUCAUUGGCACCGUCAACAAAUCCGCCCAAGAAGUCUACUUCGUCAGCCUCUCCGACUACACCGCUCCCGCCCUCCUCCCUCAGCUCUCAUUCGAGUCGGCGACGAAGAAGACGCGCCCCAUCCUACUCCCCGGAGCGCUCGUCUACGCCCGCGUUACGCUCGCCAACAAGCACAUGGACGCCGAGCUUGAGUGUGUCUCCGCUUCAACAGGCAAAGCCGAUGGCCUUGGACCGCUGGUAGGCGGCAUGCUGUUUACGAUAUCGCUCGGCAUGGCCCGCCUCCUGAUGAUGCCCAAGAAGGCGCAGCAGGGACGGCUUGUGGUCCUCGACGAGCUUGCCGACGCCGGUGUCCAGUUUGAGACGGCGACCGGCAGAAACGGCAGGCUGUGGGUAGACAGUGACAGCACCAAGGCCAUCAUUGCCGUCGGCAGGGCCAUUCAGGAAACAGACGAAAAGUCCCUCGGCGUGGACGAACAGAGGAAAUUGGUCAAGCGAUUAAUCAGAGAAUUGAGCUGA